UCAGUCACCAGUUGAACUGGGCUAUUAAGUAUUAUAUACAGGGGGGAAAAAGUCCUAACUGUGGAAAUAGUUUGGCAUGGCUGAGAAUGGAGGAAACAUGGAAAACCAGCUGGAUCAGAAUGACUGGGAGAAGAUCAAGAUUGAUCUGGCUGAUAAAGGUUAUGUCGUGGUACACGAUGUUCUAACUGAAAACGAAUGCGAUCAAUCCAUCGCCCAGUACAGGGAUUGGCUGUCCCAGUUUGAUGUAGAUGAGGCUCCAUUUCACUUGCAUUCUCUGAUCCAACGAUACCGCAUUGGCCAUUUUGAGCCUAGCUGGAGGGUUAGACUGAAGGCCAAACCCGUUUUUGCGAAACUGUGGAAAACCGAAAAACUUUUGUCAAGUUUUGAUGCCGUCGCCAUCGGCGAACCUCCCGAAAAGUCAGGAUCAGAUGAGAGAUUUGCCAGAGGUGAUGAAAAGUGGCUGCAUCUAGACCAAGGGAAAUUUAGGCAAGGUCUUCAUGCUUACCAAGGAGCUGUGUAUCUGGAAGAAACCACAGAUACUGACUGGGUGUUCAGAGUUCUGUCCGGCUCCCACAAACAUCACCAGCUGUUUUACGACUCUCACCCAGCAGCCGGUAAUAAGAGUAAGCAGGACUUUUAUAAACUAAAAGAUCCAGAAAUUCAGUGGUACAAGGAAAAAGGGUGUGAACUGACCAAAGUGCCAGUACCGAAAGGAGGAAUGGUCCUUUGGGACUCGCGCCUUGUCCAUGACAGUUGUCGCCCCGAAUUGGGUCGCCCGAAUGCCGACAGGUGGCGCUUUGUUGUUUUCGUGUCAAUGACGCCCGCAGUUUGGGCAAGCGAGAGAGACCUGAACAUGCGAAAAACUGCUUACAAGCGCUUGUUUUUAACGACACACUGGUCAUCUCAGGGCGCAAACUACUUUCCGGAGAAAAACUCAGAUUUUCCAUGGAAGCGCAUAAAAACCAUUGAAAGUUUACCCGAUAUAGCUCUAAGUGACGACGCCAAACUUUUGUCGGGAGUUAUUGAAUAUGACUUCGAAGAUGGCCGACCAAAUGGAGACGAAUAUUUUCCCGUUUGGACAAUUGGAGAGUACGCUGAGGAGCACGAAGAGCCCAUUCAACCAAUUAAACACAAGAAACGAUCAAAACCUGCAAAAUCAGGGAAGAAGAAAUAACCAUUUUAAAUGAGGGUAACCUGAGAUAAAGGAGACGUUUCUAUGCUAUAACGACUGGUAUUCGAACGUAGUUACGUAUCUUGAAUAUGUAAUGAGGAGUUACCAUUAAUUAUUUUACGAAACCUGGUUUAGGGACGAUGGAAUAAUUUAAAGGAAGUACUGUACGUAUUGUGCACUGGUUGA